ACAAUGGUAGCUGUAGGGAGAGACAUGUAGUUGGCCAGUUGGGCAUCUCUUCUCCGACAUGGUUCCAUUCCCUCUGAACCGCACGAAACUAACAGCAAAUCCAAGACCUCAAUUUCAGAUUUCAUAUUCCACCUCACACUUCCCUCCCACUCUCAAACAUCUAUUCAGCAAGCCGCCCACCGCCGUCGCGAAUGAAGUCGACGCGCCGCCUCAGAAUGCAAAUCCUGUCAAAAGCAAGAAAGCCCGAACAAUGUCCGGGCUCAUCAACACCACUCCCUGGUCCGCCCACCUCGAAGCCCGCCUCUCAGCCCUCGCCCCUCUCUCUCAGACCACCUUCUUCCAAACCCUCCGCCGCCUCAAAACCCCCUCCAAAGCCCUCCGCUUCUUCAACUGGGCCCAAGACUCGGGCUUCGCCCACAACCACCACUCCUACUUCAUGAUGCUGGAAAUCCUCGGUCGGGCCCGGCACCUCAACCCGGCCCGAAACUUCCUCCUAUCGAUACCCAAGAAGUCCGGCAACACUGUCCCGCUCACUGAUAAGUUCUUCAACAGCUUGAUUCGGAGCUACGGCGACGCCGGCCUUCUCCAUGAAUCCAUCAAGGUAUUCGAGGCCAUGAAAUCAAUGGCCGUUUCCCCCUCUGCUGUCACAUUCAAUAGCUUGUUCUUGAUCUUGCUCAAAAGGGGGCGGGUGGGGAAGGCCUACCAACUGUAUGAUGAAAUGCUUAGCACGUUUGGGGUGAAGCCCGAUUCAUGCACCUUCAACGUCUUGAUUAGAGGCUUCUGCAAGAACUCCAUGGUUGAUGAGGCCUUCAGAUUCUUCAGGGAGAUGGAUAAGUUUGAGUGCGAGCCGGAUUUGGUGACCUACAACACGAUUCUUGAUGGAUUGUGUAGGGCGGGGAAGGUUGAUAUUGCGCGUAAUGUGAUGGAUGGUAUGCAGAAAAAGUGUGAGGAUUUGAGGCCAAAUGUUGUUAGCUACACCACUUUGGUGAGAGGGUAUUGUGGGAAGGGAGAGAUUGAAGAUGCAUUGGAUAUGUUGAGGGAGAUGGUUGGUAAAGGGAUUAAGCCUGACCAUAUCACUUAUAACACCAUCAUAAAAGGGCUUUGUGAAGCUCAGAAGUUGGAUAUGGUGAAAGAGAUUUUAGGGGAAUGCCAAGUAGAGGAUGAUGCAAGAUUUGCUCCUGAUUCGUGUACUUUUAACACGAUUUUGAGUGCUCAUUGUCACAGGGAGAAUUUGGAUGAGGCAUUGAAGGUUUUUGAGAAGAUGAAGGAGCUGAAGGUUGAGCAGGAUUCAGCUACGUAUAGCACCCUCAUACGCGCCUUGUGCAACAAGAAGAGUUUUGACAAGGCAGAGGAGUUGCUGGAUGAGGUGUACGAGCAGGAGAUUUUGGUGCGUGAUAAAGGCAGCACGCCUCUCACUGCAUCAUACAAUCCGAUCUUUAAGCAUUUGUGUGAGAAUGGAAGAACUAAAAAGGCUGAGAGAGUGUUUAGGCAGCUCAUGAGGAGAGGGAAAAUGGACCCUCUUGCUUUCGAAACUCUAAUCUUGGGCCACUGUCGAGAAGGGGCAUUUGAGGAUGGAUACAAGCUCGUGAUCUUGAUGCUUAGAAGAGACUUGGUGCCAAGCAUCAAGAUCUAUGAGUCGUUGAUUGAUGGCUUGUUGAGAAAAGGGGAGGCGAAUCUUGCUCUCGACACUUUGGAGAGGAUGCUGAGAAGCUCUCAUCUCCCGAGGACAUCUGUGUUCCAUCGUGUUCUUAUGGAACUCAAUGAAAAGGGCUGUGCAAGUGAAUCUGCAGAACUGAUGAUGCUAAUGUUGAACAAUGAGAUCAGACCGAAUAUCAAUCUCUCAACUGAAGCAGUCCGUUUGCUGUUGGAGAAGAGGAUGAAGGGCCGAGCAUUCGAGCUUGUGAAAAGUGUGUAUGAGAAGGGCUUUGUUGUGAAGAUGGGAAAAGUGAUUUUGUUCCUUUGCAAGGAUAAGCAGUUGUUGGAAGCAUCUGAGCUGCUGGCGUUUAUCCUGAAGAACGACCGGGAUGUCGACGUGGAGGUGUGCGUUGCGGUUCUAACGGGUCUUUGUGAAGCUCGGAAGCCGAGUGAGGCGUUUGGGCUUUACUAUGAAUUGCUUGAGAAAGGUGUUGAGCUGCCUUUGAGCUGCCUUGAAGAGUUGAGAGUUGCGUUUGAAGCUCAAGGAAUGUUGAAGGAAGCUGAAUUCGUUGCAAAGAGAAUUGUGAAUUCGCAGCAGUGAGAUAAGAUGAUGCGUGCUUGACGGUUUGGAAUGGCCCAAGGUCGAGUUCCAUUCAGGACUCUCUGCACUAGUUUAUUUAGUAAACCAAUGUGUAAAUAAAAAUCAAUGGUCUUAAAAUAUUCCAUCAAGAAGCAAGCUCAUUUAUAGAUUUAAAA